UAAUUUUGAAGCUGAUUCUAGCGCUCGGAAAUGUUUUACUAAACAUUAGCUUGUUUUUUUACCAUGGCUGAUAAAGUCUGCAAAACGUUCAAAUUUAUCGUCGUUGGAGGUGGCAUCGCGGGGGUGACGUGUGUUGAACAGUUGUCAUACAGUUUACCGUCAGCUGACGUAGCUCUGAUUACCGCAGGCCUCCAGAUAAAGACAGUCACCAACUAUAAACAGGUCGCCAAAGUUCUGGAAGAGUUUGAUGUGGAGGAGAAACCAGCCAGUGUUCUGGAGGAGAAAUUCCCCAACCUGACCGUUAUUCACUCGGCUGUUAAAACAUUGCACACACAAUCACAUUUGGUGGAGACUGCAGAUGGAAACAUUUAUGGCUACGAAAAGCUUUGCAUCUGCAGCGGGGCCAGACCGAAGCUGCUAACCCAGGACAGGCCAUUCGUGCUGGGCAUUCGGGACACGGACAGUGCCCAGGAGUUUCAAAAGCAGUUAACUCAAGCCAGGAGGAUCGUUGUUGUCGGAAAUGGCGGGAUUGCCUUGGAGUUAGUGUACGAGGUGGAAGGCUGCGAGGUGAUCUGGGCCGUGAAGGACAAGGCCAUUGGGAACACCUUCUUCGACGCGGGGGCGGCCCGAUUCCUCAUCCCGUCGCUGAGCGCCGACAAGCCGGAGCGGGCGGCCCCCUGCAAGAGGGCUCGCUACACCACAGACGACCCGAAAGCCGGCGAGCUUCAGACCUUCACUUCAGAUCGACACUCACGACGUGGCGCUGGUCCCACAGAGUCCGGCAGCGCGCUCGGUCCAGACUGGCACCAAGGACUGGUUCUCAAAGGAGCGGAGUGGGCAUCCCGCGGGGUUUCAGUGGAAUAUCAGUGUGAGGUGGAAACGAUCUUCACCUCUGAGGAAAUGCUCAACUCCCAAUCCCAAACACCGAAACCCGAUACUGAAUCAACCUGGCCCGUUUACGUCCUGCUGACCAACGGCAAGACAUUCGGCUGCGACUUUAUCGUGAGCGCCACGGGCGUCACGCCCAACACGGAACCAUUUCUUCACGGCAACAACUUCGCUCUGGCGGAAGACGGCGGCCUCCGAGUGGACGACCACAUGGCGACAUCGGAGCCGGACGUCUACGCCGCCGGAGACGUUUGCACGGCAUGCUGGGAGCACAGCCCGCUGUGGCAGCAGAUGCGCUUGUGGACGCAGGCUCGUCAGAUGGGCUGGCACGCCGGCCGCUGCAUGGCCGCCUGCGUCCUGUCCGAAGCUAUCGAGCUGGACUUCUGCUUUGAGCUCUUCUCACACAUCACUCAAUUCUUUAACUACAAGGUGGUUUUACUGGGAAAGUUUAACGCGCAAGGCCUGGGGUCCGACUAUGAGCUGCUACUACGCUACACCAAAGGCCAGGAGUAUGUCAAGGUGGUUCUGCAAGGCGGCAGGAUGGUCGGGGCGGUGCUGAUCGGUGAAACCGACUUAGAAGAGACCUUUGAGAACCUCAUCUUGAACCGGAUGGAUCUCACGCAGUACGGGGAGGAUCUUCUCAACCCCAACAUCGAUAUCGAGGACUACUUUGAUUGAGCGGAAGGCAAAAAAAAAAAAAUCUAAAUGUGUACAUGAAAAGGACAUUUGAGUUCAUGUUCUGCAAGUUAAUGAGUAAUGAGUCUGGUUUAAUUAGACUUGCAAAGGGGUGGAGCCUUUCCAGUACAUUUCCAUUGGAAGUCGAGAUGGAAAAUUCAAUUUAUUUCCACUUUUGCCUUGUAGAGUUUCCAUUAACGUUAACCAGACACAUCACUGCACAGUAUUCUGAUUUGGAUGCGGAAAACUAGUUGAUACUCAGCUCACCUGUCUUUGUGGAAUAAAACAAAAACUUUUGUUGCUAUGUAGAUCACAUUUCAAUCCAAACAGCUCCCCCCCUGUGUCUCGACAAACCUUUUAACAAACAAGGUUAUUAUUGUUAGCCGGGACAUGUUGCUCUUGGCGAUGUGUCUGUUUGAAAAUCCCCCUGACGUGCUCGCUUUAAAAAUAAAAAAAGACACGUGGAA